AUGGUUUCUUAUACAGAGAUACAAGCCUCGAACGCGCUGAUCAACGAUGCUACAGCGCCGCGGGUCGCUGUCUUCGCCGGUGGCACAUCAGGAAUUGGGCAACUCACAAUCAAGGCCUUAGUCGCCACAGGAGCUGGUGUGAGGAUCUACCUAGUCGGGCGCAAGAGCUCUGAAGAGCGCUCGCUCGCCUUCGUCCAGGAGCUGCGGGCUACAAACCCAAAGGCUGAAAUUAUCUGGACCGAGGGCGAGAUCUCGCUUCUUGCGGACACGAAGAGGGUGUGCGAUGUCAUCAAGCGCAAGGAAGCGCGUGUGGACCUGCUAUUCCUGACCGCGGGCUACGCACCGUUCGGCCCGCGGGCGGAGACUGCCGAGGGCGUGGAGACCGCCCAGAGCCUCGAGUACUACUCCCGGGUCCUCUUCGUCCUGCACCUUCUGCCUCUCCUAGAAGCAGCAGAGGCCCCCAGGGUCGUCAGCGUCCUGGCGGGCGGGACGGAGAGGGCGAACGUCGACCUGGACGACCUGGGCCUCAAGAAACCCGGGAACUUCGGAGCCAUAAAAGCCCAGAUGCAGUACACGGUCAUGAACACGAUGGCUUUGGAGAAGCUGGCCGGCGAGAAUCCCAAUGUGACUUUCAUCCACUCGUGGCCUGGAUGGGUCAACACGGGGAACGUGAGGAGGGGCCGCGAUCCGAAUUCGAUCGUGUCCUGGCUCAUCUGGAUCUUUCUUGAGCCCCUCAUCGCUCUGUUCUCGUUCAAUGACGACGAGUCUGCACAGAGGCAUCUGUUUAUGAGUACCAGCGCUGCUUUUGGCGGUCGUGGCGUGCCAUGGAAAGGCAAGCCCGGCGUGAAUUCGCUGGAGAAGCAGGCCAACGGAUUGUUUCUCCCCAAUUACAAGUGCGACUGUACUACGAAUGCAAAGGUCUUGCCUCAGCUCCGAGAGAAGGCGCAGGGCAAGAUCUGGGAACACACCCUGGGAGUUCUUCGACCAUAUCUAUGA